GGGGCGGUUCGGAUUCCGGACUCCGCGCAUGCGCCUGAGGGUUGCUCUGGAUCAGCGUGGAUUUUUGGAUCUGGGGUGCUUGCGGGAGGGAUCUUAAAAGGAUCGCUUUUUCCGGGCUACUGAGUGGGGGAUCGCGGCUGGGAAUCCCGUCCUUGCAGGCUGCCCUGUUGCAAGAAGCUGUUAUUGCAGAGGACGGGAAGUCAACAUCACCAUGGUCCAAUUAGGGCGCUCCCUGCUGAGGAAGUACCGCAACGUCCGUGUGGUCAUCCGGAUGUCCCUCGGCGGUUGCACGAACCGGCCUUUCUAUCGCAUCGUAGCCGCCCACAACCGACGUGCCCGGGACGGCAAAUACCUCGAGCAGAUCGGCUGCUACGACCCGCUGCCCAACUGUUACGGCGAGAAAAUUAUGGGGCUCAACUUCGACCGAUUCAAAUAUUGGUUUGCCUACGGAGCUACUCUGACCAAACCCCUCGAAAAACUCCUAGGUCUUGCUGGAUUUUUUCCCCUGCAUCCGAUGACUGUCACAAACGCGGAGCGGUUCAGGAAGAAAAAAGCCCAGGAAGCAGAGAAGGCAGCCGAAAACGAAGAAGGAGAAAAGGAAGAUUUGGACGAAAAGCAGGAACAGCAGCAGCAGCAGCAAAAUUGAUCCGCGGAGUGAGAAAACCUCACAGUUGGUUGGAGACUGAAAGGAUAACAUUGAUUUUCUUUUUUUUUAAUACACGUUGUGACUUCCGUCUACAAAAUCUCGCCCUGGAUUCUCGCUAUUUUGAGGGAAAGUUGGCUCCCGUCUUUUAAAAGAGGCGCACAAACCUCGUCGUGCACCCCAAACAACAGGCCGGCUUCGCACAACCCGGAACUCGUGUCUUCCUAACCCGAGCGGCUUUUUGCGCGAUUAAAUCCCAAAUUUAAAACGAAUCCCACAAAAGUUUGAAUUCGAUGCGGCGCAAAGUCGGUUCAGGAGGGUCGCGGCUGUGCUGCGGCAUUGUUUAGCGGAAUUGUAAAUAAAUAUGAAUUUUCUGCA